AUGGCCUUGAAAAUCGCCACCCUCCUCAUAUCUACGCUCCUAGCGUCCACAGGGGCGAGCGCAUUGCUGCCUCGACCCGAAUGGGACCCGCUAAAGCAGCAAGUGCCACUAUCACUCGGCGCGCCGGUCAAAGGCGUUGGGCACUUUAGCGAAUGGAGCCGCGACACCAAGAAGCGCUUUCUCAUCGACUGGCAGGCAGGAAGGGAAGCAGAAUGGAGCAUCGUGCAGGGCAACGAAGCCGGCGAUCUCGACAGCAUGACGGCAGCCUUGACCUGGGCCUACCAUCUCGAGCACUCGACGGCCAACACAUCCGAACCCCUCAAGGUCAUCGCGCUGCUGCAGACGCCGACGCAUGCUCUUGACCUCCGGCCGGAGAACAAACUGGCCCUGCAUCGCUCGCAGAUGACGCCUGGCCACGAAGAUCUGUUGACGUCCGACGAGCUGCCUGAGGAUCCAGAAACCCUGGGGCCAAAGCUGCGCGGGAUCGUGUUGGUCGACCACGCCAAGCCGUUGCGGAAAUGGCAAGGCGCCAAGAUCCUCAGUAUCUUUGAUCACCAUGUCGACACGGGAACCGCUCCGGAUGCUGAACCUCGCAUCUUUGAGAAAACAGCGAGCUGUACGACGAUUGUUGCCAGUCAGAUGCUCGACGAGCUAGAGGACCUACCUGAGGAGUACCACAUGCCGCACGAACUGCUCGAGUUGGUUCUGCGUGCCAUCGCCAUUGACUCGAGUGGUCUGACGGAUGAUAUCACCACGGAAGCGGAUCGUCGUGUCUCCAAGCGUCUUCUAGAGCGCAGCAAUUGGGCCGGAAAGAAGCUGGACAACGUCAUGGAACGUCUCAACGAUGAGCUCAAGAAGGCCAAGAAAGACCUUGACCAUCUAGGCCUUCGAGAUCUCCUCCGUCGGGAUUGGAAAGGCGAUAUAGUCGACACGCCCUCGCCACGGACGCCGACCGUCAGUCUCGGCUUUGCUUCCAUCCCGUACUCGAUGGACGAGCAGAUCAAGAAGACAGAUUUCCAGGAACUGUUUAACUGGUUUGCGGUCGAGGCUGCCUGGACGGCUGAGGUAGGCGUCGACCUCAGUGUCAUUCUGAGCAAGUACAAGAUCAAGAAAAAGGGGGAGAAGAAGAAGAAGAUCAGGGAGCUCACCCUCAUCGUGCGUGACGACGUGCGGAUCAACCAGGAACAGGCGGAUGCUCUAUUUCGGACAGUGAAGAAGGCGCUGGAGGACAACAAUGACCUGGAUCUAGUACCAUGGCAUAGAAGUGAUGAGCUCUCUCCUCGGCAGAUGGUGUGGGUGGAGAAAUCUGGCGCCAGCAGAAAGGUUGUCAAGCCGAUUGUUGAAGAGGCCGUGAUGAACUGGGACGAAAUUUGA